AGAUGGAGUUUGCUUUCUGGCUAGUUCGAUACUUCGCCUCAGGAUUGCUGUUCCUGUUAGGCCUCAAAGCUCCAGGCUUGCCACGCCGACCGUACAUGCUUCUGAUCAAUGAAGACGAGCGAGAUGUGGAGCAUGGUGUACCACUCUUGGGUAAUUCUGAUGAGAAUCAGUCUACUUGGAAAGAUUUUGGGAAGAAGGUGCGUCUGUUGGUGCCGUACAUGUGGCCUAAAGGCAGCGCCCUGCUCCAGCUGCUGGUUCUGCUUUGUCUCGGGAUGCUGGGAGUGGAGCGCGUCAUCAAUGUGUUUGUACCCAUCUACUUCAAGAACAUAGUGAACCAGCUGACAGAUGGGAGCUCUUGGAAGACUCUGGCAACUACAGUAUGUGUUUACGGACUCCUGAAGUUCCUGCAGGGAGGUGGAGCUGGUGCGUCUGGGUUUGUGAGUAACAUGCGUUCGUUCUUGUGGAUUCGAGUGCAGCAGUACACUAACCGCAUGGUCCAGGUGCGUCUCUUUGCUCAUCUGCACUCUCUGUCUCUGCGCUGGCACCUGGGUCGCCGCACAGGGGACGUCCUGAGAAGCAUCGACAGAGGAACCUCAUCUAUCAACAACCUGCUGAGCUACAUCGUGUUCAGCAUCUUCCCCACUAUUGCUGACAUUGUCAUCGCCAUUGUAUAUUUCAUAUCCAAUUUUAAUGCCUGGUUUGGCCUCAUAGUCUUCGUUUGCAUGACCCUCUACCUCACUCUCACUAUUGUAAUCACUGAAUGGAGAACGAAAUACAGACGUGAUAUGAACACACAAGAUAACAAUGCCAAAUCAAAAGCUGUGGACUCUUUAUUGAACUUUGAGACGGUGAAAUAUUACAAUGCAGAGGUUUAUGAAGUAAGACGCUUUGAGGAUGCUAUCAUGAAAUAUCAGGUAUCGGAGUGGAAGACCAACGCCUCUCUGGCGUUCUUAAAUCAAACGCAGAACCUCAUCAUCGGUUUGGGUCUUUUGACUGGAUCUCUGCUUUGUGCGUACUUCGUGACAGAGGGAAAGUUUCAGUGCAGCAAGGAGAUUCUAAAAGAUGUCUCUUUUACCGUACUUCCCGGUCAAAUAGUUGCACUUGUUGGACAGUCUGGAUCAGGAAAGAGCACCAUCAUUCGUCUGAUUUUCCGUUUUUAUGACGUUCAGGGAGGGUGUAUAAAGAUAGACGACCAAGACAUCUCAAAGGUGAAGCAGUCCUCUCUACGCGCUCAUAUUGGCGUCGUCCCUCAGGAUACCGUCCUGUUUAAUGACAACAUUCGAGACAACAUCCGCUAUGGCCGAGUUACUGCUACUGACCAGGAGGUGGAGGAGGCUGCGACUGCCGCUGACAUCCACGACAAAAUCAUAACCUUCCCGGAUGGCUAUGACACUCAGGUGGGUGAGAGGGGGCUAAAGUUGAGCGGAGGAGAGAAGCAGAGAGUCGCCAUCGCUCGCACCAUCCUCAAAGCGCCACAAAUCAUCCUCCUCGAUGAGGCCACAUCUUCUCUAGACACACAGACUGAGCGAAAUAUUCAGGCCUCACUGGCUAAAGUCUGCACCAACAGAACCACCAUUGUGGUGGCACACAGAUUGUCGACUGUCAUUGGAGCCGAUGUGAUUCUUGUACUUCGUGAUGGACAGAUUGUGGAGAGAGGAAGGCAUGAAGAGCUGUUGGCGAAGGGAGGCCUGUACUCUGACAUGUGGCUGAAACAGCAGCAGGCGCAGGAUUCAGACUCGGCCUCUGACACGGAGACGAAAGACAGGAAAUCUGAGAAACUACAGCCACAAACAUCCACUGCAGGACACAAGGAACAUUAGACACUUGGGACAUGCAAUCAGACCUGGUUUUGUGUGUAUUUUAAGCUCGUCCAAUGCAGUUUUGACAUGUUAGAUGAUAAUUAUUCAAUAUCAUAUUAUGUUUUUGCCAGUUCUUAAAAGUGGCCCAUAUUGCCUUAGGAUUUAUUUAUUUAUUUAUUUAUUUAAGUCUAAUUUUAUAUUUCUUUGCAAUUACUUCCCUCUCUUUUCCCUCAAAGUGCAUUUAUAUCGCUAAUUAAUAUGGCCAUAAAUGAGAGAGUAAUAAGACUGACAGAGGUGUUACUGUGCAUUAUAUGCUCUGACAAUGAUGGCUCCUUUCACUACUAUAACUUCAUUAUGCUGAAUGUACAAUGGGUUUAUUUUAUUUAAGUCAUUUAAGUGGAUUUUCUCCGGUUGCAUUGGUUCUCUGAUGCUUCCGAUUUGCUGUUGUUGGUAAUCGAGAACAUUUGAAAACUGCUUGUAGUUGUAAAAAUGAUCUACACCAGAACAAAUUGUAAUUGAAUUUAGUUUGAAAGUAAAUAAUUAUAUUUCUGGUGCCAUUGUGUAACAGUAAAUACUGAUAUAUGAAUUUCUAUAAAGACUAAGAUUAUGUUUAAAUUUAGGAUUAAGUUAUAGGCAGAGGGGGAAAAAAUAUUUUUGUCAAUUUUAAUAUUAAUUUCUGACAUAUGUGCACAUUUUUACUUUCUUUAUGAUCAUGUGUGUGUUUUAAGAUCAUUUUCUUAUGCUGUAUAUGUGGAGUGCUAGUUAUUGCGUAGAUGCAAUAGAUUUCUGUACUGUACAACUUCAGUUCAACUAAAGGGACACAGGGCUCAUUUUAUAGGACUGACACUAAACUCAGGGGACAAGGUUGAAAUGAGCCAUUGGGAUGUGUAAUUGUUCACUCAUGUGUACAUUUCUUGACAAAUAAGCUUUUUAGUACAUUUGUAUUGACUAUUUAAAGAACGGGUUGAUUAGUAGGCCUAGUGACUGUCAGAAUUUGCCUUGGAUAAAAUAACUCCGUGGUAAGAUGGAUAAAGUCAGAUUUUUUGUAUGUAAUUUACUGUACAGUAAAGACAAGAUGGGCAUAUGUUUAUAUUAAUAUGAUCUGAUCUUUCUGAUUGUUGAUCACAUUGUUCUGUGCGUAAAAUAUUGUGUGUACAUUAAAAUACUAUACAUAUUCCCUUUAGCUUA